UUCAAAAUGGCCGCCUUCACGGUGACCCGUGUUGCGUUGCCGGCGUCGAAAAUACGCUCAAAUUAUUUAACAGCAGCGUUAAAACUAGCACGGCGACUGUGUUCCGUUCAGGCGGACGUCAGCGAUGCGUCGAAACAGCGGGCAGCGCUGACGGAAGAAUACGUAAAGGCUCACUUUGAAGGUUCUGACACCGACACACUCGUCGAGGUGACCCAAAGCAUGGCAGUCUACGAUGAUUUUGUGACGCCCGAAGAAGAGACCACGCUGAUCGCCGAAAUUGAACCGCAGUACAAGAGGCUGCGGUACGAAAGCAGCCACUGGGACGAUGCAAUUCACGGUUACCGGGAGAUCGAGCGGAACACAUGGUCCCCUCCAUGUGAAGCCAUAUUGGGGCGAAUUAGGGCGCUUGCGUUCACUCCCGAAGUGAACCAGAUUCAGCACGUACACUGUCUCGAUCUUCUCGAAGACGGCCACAUCAAACCACACGUGGACAGUGUUCGGUUCUGCGGUGACACAAUUGCUGGGCUGUCCCUUCUAUCAUCGAGCAUCAUGAAGCUGGUGCACGAGAAAAAUCCAGACAAGUGGGUUAAAAUACUUCUGAGGAGACGAUCACUGUACAUAAUGAGAGGAACAGCAAGGUAUGACUACACCCAUGAGAUACUGGCCAACCAGCAUUCAGUCUUCAGGUCCACUCCUGUGCACAAGUCAAGAAGGAUAUCUGUCAUGUGUCGCAAUGAGCCCAGCUGACAGUGAUGCAAAAGUGUAGUUUCUAAUAAAUCUGUAUUU